AUUUAAUCAAAACUUCUAUGUCAAAGAGAGAUCCAUAUGUACGCAGGACUUUUGCUUUUAUUUGAUGAUUUUUUUAGGGGUGCAAGUAGAGGUUAUUCUGUAGUAGGUAUAAAAUCUGGCGAGUAGAAUAUUACAUUCAACUUGUGAUUCGAAUGAACGAGGAGCUAUUCUCUACUAUUACAUGUUGCUGUUUAGUCUUGCUCUGAUUAUUCCAUUGCUCAUUCGUCAAAGGCCAAUUCUCUUUGUUUGCUUGUUGACUUUUCAAACCAUCUUCUUGGACUUGACUUGUAAACAUCUGGGAAGCUUGCACGCUGUUUCCUCAAAACGAAUCGUCAUUCUUUUCUUGUUGACCAAGCUGUAAUUUUUUUUUUAUGAAAGUUGGUGAUGAAAGCCGCAUUGAAGAAAUUCAAUAUCCACAACCACGUGGGAUACAUGGUAGGGAGGGUUCUAUAGUUCAUAAUUUAAACUCUACCAUCUGUUUGAUUUUAUGAAAAAGUAAAAAUCUUUCCAUAAAAAGUUUAUUUUUAUUGCGGAGAACACACAGUUGAGAAGAUUACAAGAAAUUGAAAUUUGUUUACUGUAGCGAAAACCGAGAAAGGAGGUUGCGAAACUCGUUUUGUUUUCAGUCUUGCACACGUAUCCGUAGUAUAAACGUAGGCGUAUCUAUUUCAUCGAACAGCUCAAUAGUCCCAAGUCCAGAGCAACGUACUGUUGCUCAGGACUACCUUGGCUUUUUCUAUCUGUUUUCUGGAUUGAGAGGUGGUUAAAACUCGUAAAGGGAGUGGAGGGAAAGAAGUGGAUGGAAAUUGAGUUAUAAAGUUGUAAGGUUGUAAUACGACUGAAGAAGUUUCUUGUUGGGGGUGUCUGCAAACAAGCAUGUCGUUUGCAGCUUCAACGUGGCUCACGUCCCUCUCGUGUUCAUUGGAUGCAACUCCAAAUCUUCCUCACUGGCUGAGAUUCAUUUUCCUCUCUCCAUGCCCUCAGAGAGCUCUUUUGUCUGGUGUUGACGUUCUGCUUCUGUUGACACUCUUUGUGUUUGCGCUUGUAAAGCUCUAUUCUAGGCUCACUUCCAAUGCCAACGCUAACUCACACCUUGAUAAACCACUUAUCAGAAACAACAGAGUUUCUGUCAGGACAACAGCAUGGUUUAAGCUAACUCUAACUGCAACCACUCUUUUGACAUUAUUGUACGCGGUGGCUUGCAUUCUAGUGUUUGUCAGUUCCACCAACGAGCCCUGGAAGCAAACUGAUGGCUUGUUUUGGUUACUUCAGGCCAUAACACAACUAAUCCUUAUAGUCUUGAUCGUCCAUGAGAAAAGAUUUGAAGCUGUUACUCACCCUUUGUCUCUCAGAAUAUACUGGAUUGCAAAUUUCAUUGUGGUUUCUCUGUUCACUGCUUCUGGGAUCAUACGUUUGGUCUCUGUAGGAGUGGAAGAUGGGAAACACUUCAGCUUCAUGGUUGAUGAUACGGUUUCUUUCAUUUCUUUACCCUUGUCACUUUUUCUGCUCUUUGUUGCAGUUAAAGGGUUCACCGGGAUUGUGUCUGGCGAAGAAACAGAACCCCUUAUUGACGAGGAAACAAAACUACAUGAGAAAUCCAACGUUACUGGCUUUGCUUCAGCUUCUGCAAUAUCCAAGGCCUUUUGGAUUUGGAUAAACCCGUUGUUGAGCAAAGGGUACAAGUCACCUUUGAAGAUUGAUGAAAUUCCAUACCUUUCAUCCCAGCAUAGAGCUGAGAGGAUGUCCGUUAUCUUUGAAUCAAAGUGGCCAAAAUCAGAUGAGAGGUCGAAGCACCCGGUUCGAACAACGUUGCUUCGCUGUUUCUGGAGGGAGAUAGCCUUCACAGCAUUUCUUGCUGUUAUUAGGCUGUCUGUGAUGUUCGUAGGGCCAGUUCUCAUUCAAAGUUUUGUUGAUUUUACAUCAGGAAAAGGUAGCUCUGUGUAUGAAGGAUACUACCUCGUGUUGGUUCUCCUGUGUGCCAAAUUUGUAGAAGUUUUGACAACUCACCAUUUCAACUUCAACUCUCAGAAGCUUGGGAUGCUUAUCAGAUGCACUCUCAUCACUUCUUUGUACAAGAAGGGGCUGAGGCUAACGGGUUCCGCGAGGCAAGAUCAUGGUGUUGGGCCUAUUGUCAAUUACAUGGCUGUUGAUACCCAACAACUCUCUGAUAUGAUGCUCCAGUUACACGCUGUGUGGAUGAUGCCAUUUCAAGUUGGCAUUGGUUUGUUUUUGCUCUACAAUUGUCUGGGAGCCUCGGUGAUUACGGCUACAAUUGGACUUCUUGGUGUCAUUGCAUUUGCUGUGGUGGCUAAUAGAAGAAACAAGCGUUUCCAGUUUAAUGCCAUGAUGUGCCGUGACUCAAGGAUGAAGGCAGUGAAUGAGUUGCUUAAUUACAUGCGUGUCAUCAAGUUCCAAGCAUGGGAAGAACAUUUCAAUGGGAGAAUUUUGGGUUUCCGCAAGUCUGAGUUUGAGUGGCUCUCCAAGUUUAUGCAAUCAAUCUGUGGCGUUAUUAUUGUGUUGUGGAGCACCCCAUUGUUGAUAUCAACUCUGACGUUUGGUACCGCGCUUUUGCUUGGAGUUCGACUUGAUGCAGGCACGGUUUUCACCACCACAACUGUGUUUAAGAUCCUGCAGGAACCUAUUAGGACCUUUCCUCAGAGUAUGAUAUCUCUUUCACAAGCGCUGGUAUCACUUGGGAGGUUAGAUAGGUACAUGUCUAGCAGGGAAUUGUCGGAUGAUUCGGUUGAGAGAGAGGAAGGGUGUAGUGGACGCAUUGCUGUGCAGGUCAGAGAUGGAACUUUUAGCUGGGAUGAUGAUGGUCAGCUGCAAGACUUGAAAAACAUUAAUUUGGAGAUUAAUAAGGGGGAGCUUACAGCAAUUGUUGGGACUGUAGGGUCCGGGAAAUCUUCACUCCUUGCUUCAAUUCUUGGUGAGAUGCACAAAAAUUCUGGGAAGAUUCAAGUUUGUGGGAGUACUGCUUAUGUUGCACAAACAUCUUGGAUUCAAAAUGGGACAAUUGAGGAAAACAUUCUCUUUGGCUUACCAAUGAACAGGCAGAAGUACAAUGAAGUGGUCAGAGUUUGUAGCUUGGAGAAAGACUUGGAAAUGAUGGAGCAUGGUGAUCAGACAGAGAUUGGAGAGCGUGGCAUCAACCUAAGUGGGGGUCAGAAGCAGCGCAUACAGCUUGCCAGGGCUGUAUAUCAAGAUUCUGAUAUAUAUCUUCUUGAUGAUGUUUUCAGUGCUGUAGAUGCACAUACUGGCACUGAUAUAUUCAAGGAAUGUGUGAGGGGUUCUCUUAAAGGAAAGACCAUUAUUCUUGUAACACACCAAGUAGACUUCCUACAUAAUGUGGAUCUUAUAGUGGUGAUGAGGGAUGGAGCGAUAGUACAAUCAGGGAAGUAUGAUGAUCUACUUGCUUCUGGAAUGGAUUUUAGUGCUCUUGUUGCAGCACAUGAGACAUCUAUGGAACUAGUGGAGCAAGGUGCGGUCGUGCCUGGGGAAAAUCUGAAUCAGCAAAUAAAAUCACCAAAGGCAGGUUCUAAUAACAGACCAGCCAACGGUGAAAGCAAUUCUCUUGACCAGCCCAAGUCUGACAAUGAAGGUUCUAAACUCAUCAAAGAAGAGGAAAGAGAAACUGGGAAAGUUAGCUUUCGUAUCUAUAAACUCUACUGCACAGAGGCUUUCGGGUGGUGGGGCAUUGGAGGAGUAAUCCUUCUUUCUGUGUUGUGGCAAGCAUCAAUGAUGGCUAGUGAUUAUUGGCUGGCUUAUGAAACAUCCGAAGAGCGUGCACAGUUCUUCAAUCCUUCUACGUUUAUUUCUAUCUACGGAAUUAUUGCUGUAGUUUCAAUUAUUUUGAUUGUGCUAAGAUCCUACGCUGUUAUGGUCCUCGGGUUAAAGACAGCACAGAUUUUCUUCAAUCAAAUUCUCCACAGCAUCUUGCAUGCCCCCAUGUCUUUCUUUGACACCACUCCAUCCGGGAGAAUUCUUAGCAGGGCAUCCACUGAUCAGACCAAUGUUGAUGUUUUUAUCCCCUUGUUCCUCAAUUUUGUGGUAGCCAUGUACAUUACAGUGAUCAGCAUCUUCAUAAUCACAUGUCAAAAUUCUUGGCCGACAGCUUUCUUGUUAGUUCCUCUUGCUUGGUUAAACAUUUGGUACCGGGGUUAUUUUCUUGCUUCCUCUCGUGAGUUAACUCGUCUGGAUUCAAUUACUAAAGCACCUGUCAUUCACCAUUUCUCUGAAAGCAUUUCGGGGGUCAUGACAAUCCGGGCAUUCAGAAAGCAGAAGCAGUUUUGCGGAGAAAACAUUAAACGGGUGAAUUCUAAUUUGCGAAUGGAUUUCCACAACUUCAGUUCCAAUGCGUGGUUGGGUUUCCGCUUAGAAUUGCUUGGAAGCAUAGUUUUUUGCUUCUCCGCCAUGUUCAUGAUCAUGUUACCCAGCAAUAUCAUAAAGCCAGAGAAUGUUGGCUUGUCGCUCUCAUACGGGUUAUCAUUAAACGCCGUGAUGUUUUGGGCCAUAUACAUGAGCUGUUUCAUUGAAAACAAAUUGGUAUCUGUUGAGAGGAUCAAACAGUUCACAAAUAUUCCAUCCGAAGCAACAUGGAGAAACAAGGAUCGUGUGCCUCCUGCAAAUUGGCCCGGUCAAGGCAAUGUUGAUAUCAAAGAUUUGCAGGUUAGAUAUCGUCCAAACACCCCUUUGGUUCUUAAAGGCAUCACCUUAAGCAUCAAUGGAGGAGAAAAAGUUGGUGUUGUUGGACGA